CAAUGAAUUUGGCUUGUCUUGAAAUAUAGACUUCACGUGACUACUUCUCUUAAAGCUUCCGCCGAGAUCCAUUUGUGAUUUUGUUGGAAAUAGAAAACCAAUUUACCAUCAUUUACGUGACUCGAUUUCAGGACCCAGUAAAAUAUACAGUAGAAUAUCUUUUCAUCGUUAGGAAAACAGUGUGCAGUGACUGCUUGCAAUCUAGACAGUACGACCCUUAGACCUGGGUCUCUUUUGGUUAAGAUUUGCCAGACACAGUAGCAGCUAGACAUUGAUACCAGAGAAAAAAAUCAUAGCCAUCAUCUAUAAUUUUUAAAGUCAUGGCCGAUGACGAAGAUGUAAUGUUUGACAGGGCAUCUCUAUUGACUAACAAAGUUAAAACUUGGGAGAAAGGUGAAGGCAGAUAUUUCAAGACUGUCAGCCUUUGUAUAGCCUUCAUGGGACUUGGAGCAUGUAUAGCCUUGCCAGGGCCAACACUCAUAGACUUGAGAGAACAGGUUCAAACCACUGUCCAAUAUAUAAGCUACAUCUUCAGUGGCAGGUCAGCUGGCUAUCUCGGUGGGUCAAUCUUAGGUGGAAUAGUGUUUGAUCACAUGAAUCACCACCUGUUCCUAAGUGCCAUCAUGUUGCUGACUGCUGUUGCUACUUUCCUGUUACCUUUUGUGAAGAAGCUCUGGUUGUUGGCAUUUGCCAUGGCUGCUCAAGGUAUAGCUAUGGGAUGCUUGGACACAGGUGGAAAUGCACUUUGUCUCAGUAUAUGGGGAAAGCACAGUGGUCCUUAUAUGCAGGCCAUGCAUUUUGCAUUUGGAAUUGGUGCGUUUUUAGCACCUCUUGUAGCAGAGCCAUUAUUAUCACAUCCACCCAACAACAUAAGUGUUUUAAACAAUCUGUCAGAGAGAGAAAUAUAUUCAGAUAUCUCUCAAAGAGUGAAGAGAAAUGCAAUAAGUAAUGAAACAACUCCUACAGUCUCAACUGUUAAACUGACUACACUAUUUUCCUCCCCUGCAACUGAGCAUCAUAAAAAGCCAAAAAAAACAGAAAGUGAAAAUCAAUCACCAAAUGCUGCUGAUGCCACUAUUGUUAAAGAUGAGUUACAAAAGGCCAGAGAUUCAAAGAAAAUAUCUGUUUGGUCAGAUCCAAUCACUUCCACCAAUGCUUAUUUCUUAUCCACAUCAUCUACAACGCCAAGUAAACCUCUCAGUUCUGAAACGAAAUUAACAACAAACAAGCUCCCCACAACCACUCCUACCCCUGCAACCAUUUUUUCCACUUUAACCAAUACAACCCCUCACACUCCCCCUACAACCACCUCUGCCACCUCGACUAUCACUACUACUACUACUACUACUACACCAACUGCCACUACAACCACUACUACUCCCCCCACAACCCUUUCCCCCACUAACACUAAAGUUGCUACCACACACACUACUACUACUACUACUUCUCCCCGUCCUCCUCCUACUACUACACCAACUGCCACUACAACUACUACUACUACUACUACUACUAUUACUCCCCCCACCACCCUUUCCCCCGCUAACACUAAAUUUGCUACCACACCCACACCAUCCCAAAAACAGCUGCCCAACACUGUGUCCCCCUCUGACUCUGUAGUCCCAAGAGGAGAGGGUAAAGACAACAGUUCUAAUAUAACAGUAACACCACCUGCAUCUGAUGACAUUUCUGAUGUUACUAAGGAAACCAACAGUUCAGUAAUAGGAGGCAGGAUACAAGAGUUGUUGGAGACCAUAAAGAGUGCUUCUAAAAUGCAGUAUGCUUACAUUGGACUAGGCAUUUUCUUGCUGCUGUGUUCUGCACUGUUCCUGGUAACAUGCUGUAGUGAAUACAGAAACCCACCUAGGGUUCAAAAUGAAGAGAUUGAAAUAUCUGACACACGCAAGGACCCAUGGUGCUUCAAACUUCAGCUUUUGUUUCUGCUUUUCCUAUUCUAUGCUUUGUAUGUGGGUUUAGAGAUCUCAUUUGGAGGAUUGGUCACCACUUUUGCUUAUGAAGACCUACACUGGGACAAGCCGCGUGCUGUUCAGCUGGUGACCGUGUUCUAUGGUGCCCUCUCAGCUGCUAGGGGUCUGUCCAUCUGUAUCUCCAAGUUUAUGACGCCAUCCCUGAUGUUGGUGUUAGACUUGGGUCUAUCUGCAUUUUCUGUAACUAUAAUGAUGUUUUUUGCUGAAAAGUAUGAGAUUGUGAUGUGGUUGAGUACAGCAUCAUAUGGUAUGGGUUUAGCAUCCAUAUUUCCAGCUGGAAUAUCCUGGGCAGAGAACUACAUUCACUUAUCUGGGAAAGCAACGUCUGUAUUUGUAGUAGGAGCUGCCCUGGGAGAAUUAUUUUUUCCUCCCCUCUUGGGGUAUUUUAUCAAAGGGCACUCCAUGUACUUUGUGUAUAUCACGUGUGGAGCCAACAUAUUGACUUGUGUGGUCUUUGUGAUUAUGUACAGAUUGGCCUCUAGCAGAGGAGAGAGAUAUUUGAAGUUGCCGCAGAGACUUGAGUUUGACAAUGAUGCAGAUGACACAAUGGAGAUGGAACACUUCGAUAGCAAACCAACACAUCCCUUAUUACCUUCCUCCCCGGGCCAUAGUCAAGCAAAGAAGAAAGUGACAUUUGACAUUAAAAAACUCAAAAAUGGAGGAAAACAAGAUUGAUUAUGACCUUGAUAGAAAUUGGGGUAACUAAACUCAAUACCCCAAAAGGAUUUUGGAGAAUAUUUUAGGGCCUUUUGUUACAUCUGGGCAAUAUUAUAUGUUUGGGAUGGUAGUUGUUAAGGGUGCUUUCUCUUUUUCCAGUUUUCUCUGUGUUGUAUCUCUUGCUACUGUAAUGCAAUU